GCUGCGCCGCGUAGAGUUCCGCUGACGGGUCCUUUCUCCGGGUUUUCUUUGUUUGCAAAUUUCUGCAUUGAAGGUGUAAAUCAAAACCGCAUUCGUUUUCUACCAGUACUCGGUGUCCGUGAGAGUACAGUGCAGUAGCUGGCCAACAGGCCGUGGAUCGAGUUCAGUGUCAAUGUCUCUGGCUACCUAGAGAAACAUCGUUGAGUGAUAAAUCGAUCGCAGAACACUGGCCACAGGACCCUGGUGCUGACUACUGACCGCUGGCGUAGAGUGCGAUAGACUAUACAACAAGUUGGAACUAUUUUAGUUACGAUUACUCGAAUUAGUGAAGGUUAAAUUGGUGUAAAGUGUGGAUAAGGUUUAUCGGUUUGGGCGGUGAUUAGAACGUGAUUAGUGUUUUAGUUGGUGAAAGGAAAAGUAAGCAAAGCAAUAACAAUGAGUGAGGUGAUCUCGAAUCCGGCUAUCGAACAUCGGGCAAAGCCACCACUGCCCGGUGAUGAAAUUGUAAUUUCCGGUCUCGCUGGACGGUUUCCGAACUCGGAUAGUGUAAAGGAGUUUGGGUACCAUCUAUACAACAAAAUCGACAUGGUUGAUGACCAGGAAACUCGCUGGCGUCACAGCAACGUUGAAAUCCCUCGUCGUAUGGGAAAGAUCAACAAUUUGGAAAAGUUUGACGCUACCUUCUUCGGAGUACAUUUCAAACAGGCACACACAAUGGACCCCCAAUGUCGUAUUCUGGUGGAGCACGCUUACGAAGCCGUCAUCGAUGCUGGUGUGAAUCCAAAAACGCUUCGAGGCUCACGAACUGGUGUGUUCGUAGGAGCGUGUUUUGCUGAAUCGGAGAAGACUUGGUUCUAUGAGAAAAUUUCCUCCGGAGGUUUCGGUAUUACCGGUUGCUCACGUGCUAUGAUGGCGAAUCGCAUUUCCUAUACUAUGGGAUUGAACGGCCCAUCUUUUCUUCUGGAUACGGCUUGCAGUAGUUCUAUGUACGCGUUGGACUGUGCAUUCAACUCUAUUCGUAAUGGAGAGUGUGAUGCUGCAAUCGUUGGCGGUUCCAAUCUACUGCUGCAUCCCUAUGUAACACUACAGUUCGCUCGUCUAGGUGUGCUGGCUUCAGAUGGCUAUUGUCGACCGUUUGACAAGGACGCUUCAGGUUACACCCGUUCCGAAGCUAUCGCCGUGUUGUACCUUCAGAAAGCGAAGGACGCUAGACGAGUUUACGCUAACGUUGUCUAUUCGAAAACCAACUGUGACGGUUUCAAGGAGGAAGGAAUCACUUAUCCAUCAGGAUUAAUGCAGCGCAGGCUGCUUACCGAGUUCUACCAGGAGAUCAAAAUUGAUCCUUCGACGGUGAACUAUGUGGAAGCACACAGCACGGGUACGGUAGUCGGUGAUCCUGAAGAAUGUGCUGGAUUGGACAAAAUUUUCUGCACUGGCCGCAAGAAACCACUACCGGUAGGCUCCGUCAAGUCCAAUAUCGGACAUUCGGAAUCUACGUCGGGCAUUUGCUCUGUCACUAAAAGUGUGUUGGCAUUUGAGAACAAAGUGAUUCCACCGAACAUUAAUUUUACCGAAAUCCGGCGCGAUAUUCCUUCGCUAGUGGAAGGUCGAUUGCAAGUGGUGUCGGAGAACACACCCCUGGAUGGACCGUUAAUCGCUAUCAACUCGUUCGGUUUUGGUGGCGCUAAUGCUCAUGCUUUGUUGCGCAGCAAUGCUAAAGAUAAAACCAACCAUGGACUUCCAGAGGAUAAUUUACCAAGACUUAUCACCUGGUCGGGUAGAACAGAAGAGGCCAUCGACGUGGUUUUGACCGAUAUGAGCAACCGACAUCUAGAUGCAGAAUACGUGGCUUUGGUGCACAACGUCCAAAGCGAAUCGAUUCCCGGCAAUGUGUUCCGUGGUUAUGGAGUUUACGCUAAAAAUGGUACGGAGAAUGCGCUGUGUUUGGGACGCGAUUGUCAGCACUAUACAGGUCUUAAGCGACCACUGGUUUGGGUGUUCAGCGGCAUGGGUUCACAAUGGACGGAGAUGGGCAGUUCUUUGAUCGAAAUUCCGAUAUUCCGUAAUUCGAUAGAACAAAGCCAUCGGGUGCUGGAGAAGAGAGGUCUUAAUUUGAUGGAAAUUCUAACCUCCAAAGAUUGUAAGUACGAGAAUAUCCUGCACUCAUUCGUCGGUAUUGCUGCGGUUCAGAUUGGCAUCGUAGACGUACUCCGAUCGCUAGACAUCGAACCAGAUUACGUAAUUGGACACUCGGUAGGUGAAUUAGGUUGCGCUUACGCUGACGGUUGCUUCACAGCUGAACAGAUGAUUUUGUCAGCGUACUCUCGCGGUAUGGCUAGUUUGGAGACAAAAACCGUAUUCGGUUCUAUGGCUGCCGUUGGAUUGGGCUACCGUAAAAUCCGCACAAUGCUACCGUCCGGCAUUGAGGUCGCGUGCCAUAACGGUCCCGAUUCAUGCACCAUUUCUGGACCCAAAGAGAACGUAGAAGCCUUCGUCAAAGAGCUGACCGGAAAAGGCAUUUUUGCCAAAGAAGUUCCAUGCUCCAAUAUUCCAUACCACAGUAAAUACAUCGCCGAAAUGGGACCACGUCUACUGGCGCGGCUGAACGAAGUAAUUCCGGAACCAAAGAAACGCUCAGCGAAAUGGUUGAGCUCCUCUGUUCCGAAAAUUCGCUGGGAUCAAACAGAGAGUCAAUAUUCGUCGGCUCACUAUCAUACGAAUAAUCUGCUAAGCUCGGUUCUCUUCGAGGAAACUUCAGCGCUGCUUCCUAACAACGCAAUGACCAUCGAAAUUGCACCCCACGGUUUGUUGCAGGCCAUCCUGAAAAAAUCAAUGCCAAACGCGGUCCACAUAGGUCUAACUAAGCGUGGUAACAAGGACAACGUUCAAUAUCUAUUCAACGCCCUCGGAAAAUUGUACGUUAACGGGUUGGACAUUCCGGUUUCACGACUGUAUCCUCAGGUUCAGUUCCCGGUUUCACGAGGCACACCAAUGCUCUCGCAUCUGGUCAGAUGGGAUCACAGUGAGGAUUGGUUCGUCACGAAGUUUGAGAUGCAGAAAUCUUCCAAGAGUGGCGAACGACGCGUUAAGAUCAAGCUUAGUGAUCAAGACUACAGUUACAUUGCUGGGCAUGUAAUCGACGGACGUGUUCUAUUUCCGGCGACCGCAUAUCUCCAUCUGGCCUGGGAAACCCUCGCCAUGGUCAAAGGCCCAAUGUACUUCGACUUGGAGGUUGAGUAUGAAGACGUGAAAUUCCUCCGAGCGACUUCGAUCGCCAAAGAUCAGGAGAUCGAGUUUCACAUAAUGUUGCAGCCGGGUACCGGCCGUUUCGAAAUCAGUGAAGGAUCGGCAGCCGUUGUAACUGGUUACAUAAAACAUGUCGAGAACAUCCAGCUGUCGGAAAUUCCGGAUCCUCCAGAAAGUGACUACCCGAUGCUGUAUGAGCGUGAUUUCUACAAAGAACUGCGACUGCGAGGUUAUCACUACAAUGGAGCAUUCCGAUCGAUCAAGGAGGCUCGAGCCGAUGCCCGUUGCGGAAAAGUCAACUGGGAGCUGAACUGGGUAUCGUUCCUCGAUUGCUUGCUUCAGUGUUUGAUCGUAGGUAAGGACACCCGCUCACUGAUGAUUCCGACGGGAAUAGAGCGAUUAAGGAUCGACCCGAAGAUGCAUCUGGCCAUUGCAAACACAAUGGACGAAGGACAGCAAGUGUUCGACUUCAAGUACUCCGACGUGCUGAACACGAUCCGUUGUGGUGGAAUUGAAAUUAUCGGUCUGCAGGCGAGCACCGUUGGACGCAGGAAGCCUCCUGGUUAUCCCGUGCUGGAAUCCUAUCAGUUCAUUCCUCAUCUUCCCGCUCCGAAGAUGUCCAAAUCUGAUGCUGUCCGAGUUUGCGUUCAGUUGGCCCUGGAGAAUAUCUUUUCGCCAAAGGUCAAAGCGGUGGAAGUAGAUUUCCAUAAUGACACCCCGAUUACUCCCCUAUUUGCUGAAGCUUUGGGUGACCUUCCACUCGUCACAGCCGAUCUCAUGUUCCUCUCGCAACAGCAAAUUACCCUUAGCGCGGUUCACGUUGAGGAUGGUAAGCUAUCUACGCAGUCCAACUGCCUUUUCCUCAUUUCUGUCAAUUGCCUCAGCCGUCCUGAGCUGAUCGAGGAAGCGGCAAGCUGUUUGCAUGACAACGGAUUCAUUCUUUCGCGGGAAGCUCCUAAUCUGGCACUGGAAAGUAUUGAUCCACCUGCUGGGUAUCAACUGAUUGCGUUAAUACCUGUUGAAAACGAAACGUACGUGAUGCUACAGCGCAUCAAACGCAAAUACCUGGGAAGCCCAACAAUCAUUCAUCUUCCAGCUAACGAUGAUCAGUACCAGUGGAUAUCGAAGUUGCGGGAUGCGAUAAAACAAAGUUCAGUGAUUGUAGUAUCCCAGGGAGACAGCGUGUCCGGAAUCAUUGGUUUGGUAAAUUGUAUCCGCAAAGAACCAGACGGUGGAAUGGUCAGUUGUGUAUUCGUUGAUGAUCCAAAGGCACCGCCGUUUGAGCUGGAUAACCCAAUCUAUAAGGCACAUCUCAAGCUUGGUCUCGCUAUCAAUGUCUAUCGCAAUGGGCGUUGGGGAACGUACCGCCAUUUACAACUGCUUCAACCUGCCGUAACUAAACCACGGCGCGAUCACUGUUAUGCGAAUGCCCUAACCAGGGGAGAUUUAUCCUCCCUAACAUGGUUGAGCGGGCCUUUCAACCAACGCAGACCUAAAGGUGAGCUGGUUCGUGUUAGCUAUAGCUCUUUGAACUUCCGCGAUGUGAUGUUUGCAUCCGGUAAGCUAUCGGCUGACUUCGCCAAUUUAACCCGCAUUCUGCAGCAAUGUGAUCUUGGGUUUGAAUAUUCGGGUGUGGGAGAGAGUGGCCGUCGUAUUAUGGGUAUGGUAAAAACUGGGGCUAUGGCAACGCACGUGGAAUGUGAACCAACGCUUCACUGGACUAUUCCCGACAGAUGGUCUCUGGAGGAGGCAGCUACUAUACCUGUAGUCUACACGACAGUCUACUGUUCUCUAUUCAUUAAUGCACACAUCAAGAAGGGUCAAUCAAUUUUGAUCCAUGCUGGAAGUGGAGGUGUUGGUCUGGCGGCCAUUAAUGUUUGCAUAGCUUAUGGGUUAGAAGUUUACACAACCGUGAGUAGCCAAGCCAAGCGUGAUUUCCUACUUCAGACGUUCCCAAAACUGAAUCCCGAGAAUAUUGGAAAUUCGCGCGAUACUUCUUUUGAGAAGAUGGUGAUGUACCGCACCGAAGGCAGGGGAGUUGAUUAUGUGUUGAACUCGCUGGCCGAUGAUAAGUUACACGCUUCAUUGCGCUGUCUUGGCAAGUAUGGAAAGUUCUUGGAAAUCGGCAAGUACGAUAUGGCUAAUGACACUAAACUAGGAUUGAAUCGAUUUUUGCGGGCCCUUUCGUUCACUGCUGUACUGGUGGAUUUCCUGUUUGACUCCUCGCUAGAAGAGAAGCUUGUUUUGAAAAACAUGAUCGAGAAGGACAUCAAGGCUGGAAUUAUUGUUCCAAUCAAGAGCAACAUCUUCCUGGCGAGCGACAUCGAACAAGCGUUCCGUUAUCUUGCUAGUGGAAAGCACGUUGGCAAAAUUCUACUUAAGGUUCGCGAAAAUCCGAACAGCGAAGAAUCGGUGCCGAUUGCUUAUCUGCCCCGAAUGUACUGCAAUCCGGAUUAUUCGUACGUGAUUUCCGGUGGUCUGGGAGGAUUCGGUUUGGAGCUGGCUGACUGGUUAGUGCUGCGUGGAUGUCGCAAACUGGUUAUGAGCUCAAGCCGUGGUAUUUCGAAAGCAUAUCAGGCAUACAGAAUCAAAAUCUGGGAAACAUACGGAGUGCAAAUAAUAAUCAACACCGAAAACAUUGCAACUAGAAAGGGUUGUGAAGCUUUACUGAUGGCUGCCAAUAAGCUAGGACCAGUGGGUGGAAUUUACAAUCUGGCAGUGCUGCUGAGGGAUGGUAUCUUCGAGAAUCAAACCGUAGACAAGUUUGCCGAAUGUAUGGGACCAAAAGCAAUUGCCACCAAAUACCUGGACGAACUGAGCCGUAAGCUGUGUCCUCGUUUGGAAUAUUUUAUUGUCUUCUCAAGUGUGUCCUGUGGUCGAGGUAAUGCUGGCCAGAGUAAUUAUGGUAUGGCAAACUCGGUGAUGGAACGCAUCAUUGAGCAUCGUUACGCGUGUGGUCUCCCGGCUAAGGCCAUCCAGUGGGGUGCAGUUGGUGAGGUUGGCCUGGUGGCUGAUAUGCAAGAGGAUAAGUUAGAUAUGGAAAUUGGUGGAACUUUACAGCAACGUAUAUCUUCUUGCCUUCAAGAAUUAGAUCCCUUACUGACUACUCCGGAUCCAAUCGUUGCUAGUAUGGUGGUGGCAGAAAAACGAGUCCGAAGCAGUGGUAAAGACAAUAUUAUUGAAUCUGUUAUGAACAUCAUGAGCAUUCGAGACAUCAAAUCGGUUUCGAUGGAUACAACGCUCUCGGAGUUAGGUAUGGACUCAUUGAUGGCGGUGGAAAUUAAGCAAACUUUGGAACGUGAGUACGAACUCUUCCUAACGCCACAGGAUCUCCGAUCGUUGACGUUCAUGAAGCUACAGGAGCUGACGGAGGCUAAGGCUCAUGCCGACGAGAACGUCAAGCUGAAGCUGGCCAACGAAAAAACUCCAACCGGAGUUGCUAUGCUGUUGCGUAAUCUAGGCGAUGAAUUUAACAGUGAACAAACAAUACUCCGGUUGCAGUCGGAGAAUGAUUCCAAGAAGUACAACGCAUGCGUCUUGCUAACCCCUGGUAUUGAGGGCGUCGCUGGUAAUGCUUGGCAUAGCAUCGCCGGUCAAUUGACCUUGCCAACGUUCAUUACUCAGCUGACCAAUACCAUCAACAUGACCAGUGUCGCGGAUAUUUGCCAAUUCCUAGCACCUGAUGUAAUUGAGGAUGUGUUCAAAGGAACCGAACAUUUCUUUUUGGUUGGUUACUCUUUUGGAGCCUUCAUCACGCUCGAGUUAGCUCGUCUUCUCGAGGAAACUGGUAAGCGGGGUCAGAUAUUGCUGAUCGACGGUGCGCCCAAAUUCCUGCAUAAACUUGCUAUAGACCAGAUGUCCGAGAACUGGACCGAGGAGUCCAUUCAAAUCGUACUGAUCGCCGGCAUCUUAAACACUAUUUUCCCCGAAGAAACCACCGAUGUACUACCCAUUAUCACCGAGUGCACAUCCUUCGAGUCUCGAAUUGAUAAAUUGCUUGAAUUGGCUAAGGAUCAGAACGUUUACUCGGAGAACUACCUCCGAAUGAUGACGAAGGCAUUGUUCAAUCGUAUCAAAAUUACUUUGUUGACCGACAUCAGCAAAAUUCAGCCACUCGAAUCGCCAAUCACACUGGUUCGCCCCACUGAAGUGUCCGUCGUGGACAUCGAGGAAGAUUACGGCCUAUCCGAGUACACAAAAGCUAAUGUCAGUCUAAAGUUCCUCGAGGGUAACCACAUCACUAUGCUGGAGAAUCCUAAGCUGACGCAAAUCAUCACCGAAUCAGAUCCGGUGCUGGAAUCGGAUCGCUCCUUCCAGAAGUACCUGCAAAGCAGUGUGAUCGCGGAAUAAUGCACUGCAUGAUGUUAAACUUUCUUGAGAAUUUAAAUCUGAAUGACCACUCGAAAAAUCGUAAAAGAACAGUUUUCCUAAAAUGUUUGCGCUCAUUAAUCUCAACGUUCCAGGCACCUCAAAACAUUACCGAGCGAGAAUUCAUUUAUUUGUGAAAAUAAAAGUUAGUUAAUUUCA